ACCUAAACCACAUUUUCAGUUCCAAAUUUUUGGUAAUUCACAAAUUAAAGGCUUUCUUGUUCACGAAAAUGGCUUCUGGUGAUUACGAGUUUCCCCCUCAGACACAGCCAACGCAGCCUGGCAAAGAAUAUCUCAUGCAUCCACCACCGCAAUUCAACGACCCCCAAUACAAACCAUCAAAUAAACUUCAGGGAAAGGUAGCUGUAGUGACUGGGGGUGACUCGGGAAUAGGAAGGGCAGUGUGCAACUUGUUUGCAUUGGAGGGUGCCACAGUGGUUUUCACGUACGUGAAAGGGGAUGAGGAUAAGGACGCGAGUGACACGCUUGAAAUUAUAAGGAAGGCAAAAACUGAGGAUGCUAAGGAUCCAAUGGCUAUACCGACAGAUUUGGGUUAUGAUGAGAAUUGCAAGAGAGUGGUGGAAGAAGUGGUUAAAGCUUAUGGCUGCAUUGACAUUCUUGUGAACAAUGCAGCUGAGCAACACGAGAAUAAACUCGAAGAUAUUGAUGAGCCUCUACUCGAGAGAGUCUUCCGAACUAACAUCUUCUCCUAUUUCUUCAUGACCAGGCAUGCACUGAAGCACAUGAAGGGAGGAAGUAGCAUUAUAAACACGACAUCAGUGAAUGCAUACAAAGGAUACGCAACAUUGGUGGACUAUUCGUCAACAAAGGGUGCCAUUGUAGGGUUUACGAGGGCACUGGCACUUCAGCUGGUAGACAGGGGAAUAAGAGUGAAUGGGGUUGCACCUGGACCCAUUUGGACUCCAUUAAUACCAUCCUCUCUCUCUGCCAAAGACACUGCUCAACUCGGUACAGAAGCUGGAAUCGCAAUGAAGAGAGCUGGCCAACCUGUUGAGGUGGCUCCCUCUUAUUUGUUUCUUGCCACCAACCAAUACUCCUCUUACUUCACUGGCCAAGUCCUUCACCCCAAUGGUGGAAUGAUUGUGAAUGCUUGAUGAAGGGUAAAUGAUACUCAUUGCUCGAAAUUGAUUUAUGUAAUGUUUGUGGUUCGUGUCUACGUAAAACUGUUUCGCCAAUGGCAAACCUACCCUUGUUUGUGGAUGAAUGUGUGGCUUAGCUGUUUCUGUGUACUUCUGCUUUUCAAUGUGCAAAACUAAUAAAAUAGUUCUUGAAUGUAAGACGUAUUUAAAGACUCGUGUUACCUUAGCCUCUUAGUUAAU